AUGGGAAAAGCGCAAAUAUGGGAAAAGCGCAAAUAUGGGAAAAGCGCAAAUAUGGGAAAAGCGCAAAUAUGGGAAAAGCGCAAAUAUGGGAAAAGCGCAAAUAUGGGAAAAGCGCAAAUAUGGGAAAAGCGCAAAUAUGGGAAAAGCGCAAAUAUGGGAAAAGCGCAAAUAUGGGAAAAGCGCACACAUGGGAAAAGCGCACACAUGGGAAAAGCGCACACAUGGGAAAAGCGCACACAUGGGAAAAGCGCACACAUGGGAAAAGCGCACACAUGGGUAAAGCGCACACAUGGGAAAAGCGCACACAUGGGAAAAGCGCACACAUGGGAAAAGCGCACACAUGGGAAAAGCGCACACAUGGGAAAAGCGCACAUAUGGGAAAAGCGCACACAUGGGAAAAGCGCACAUAUGGGAAAAGCGCACAUAUGGGAAAAGCGCACAUAUGGGAAAAGCGCACAUAUGGGAAAAGCGCACAUAUGGGAAAAGCGCACAUAUGGGAAAAGCGCACAUAUGGGAAAAGCGCACAUGUGGGAAAAGCGCACAUGUGGGAAAAGCGCACAUAUGGGAAAAGCGCACAUGUGGGAAAAGCGCACAUGUGGGAAAAGCGCACAUGUGGGAAAAGCGCACAUAUGGGAAAAGCGCACAUAUGGGAAAAGCGCACAAAUGGGAAAAGCGCACAUACGGGAAAAGCGCACAUACGGGAAAAGCGCACAUACGGGAAAAGCGCACAUACGGGAAAAGCGCACAUACGGGAAAAGCGCACAUACGGGAAAAGCGCACAUAUGGGAAAAGCGCACAUAUGGGAAAAGCGCACAUAUGGGAAAAGCGCACAUAUGGGAAAAGCGCACAUAUGGGAAAAACGCACAUGUGGGAAAAACGCACAUGUGGGAAAAACGCACAUAUGGGAAAAACGCAAAUAUGGGAAAAAACGCAAAUAUGGGGAAAAACGCAAAUAUGGGGAAAACGCAAAUAUGGGGAAAAACGCAAAUAUGGGGAAAAACGCAAAUAUGGGGAAAAACGCAAAUAUGGGGAAAAACGCAAAUAUGGGGAAAAACGCAAAUAUGGGGAAAAACGCAAAUAUGGGGAAAAACGCAAAUAUGGGGAAAACGCAAAUAUGGGGAAAAACGCAAAUAUGGGGAAAAACGCAAAUAUGGGGAAAAACGUAAAUAUGGGGAAAAACGCAAAUAUGGGGAAAAACGCAAAUAUGGGGAAAAACGCAAAUAUGGGGAAAAACGCAAAUAUUGGAAAGACGCAAAUAUGGGAAAAACGCAAAUAUGGGAAAAACGCAAAUGUAUCGAAAGGGAAAUUUGUGGCACAAAUUGA